CUCCAUAUAAAGACAGCUAACAACGCGAUCAAUGAACUUUCCAGAAAUUCUUUGUCCCGAGUUAUCGCUUCUCAUAUAAAAGGGUGCCCAUACGGACGCGUGCUACAUUGUGUUUUGUUGCAACGUACUUUAUAUAUUUUUGUGUGUGUACCGGUGAUUAGAAAUAGACUGAAAAUAUGGAUUUCAUGCCGAUUUACUACCGCCCAAUGUCUGCACAACAGCAGACCGGCUCCUUUCGCGACCUCCUUAGGCAUAUGAUGCAUGAGGAGAUGUCUGGAAUACCCCAAACUCAACAGCACCCGGCUUUGCACCACAGACGUCGAGACAUACCCGAGAAAUGGAGCAAAACUAUUCGCCUGGACCACUACCACCCCGACGAAGUGAAAGUCGUCGUUAAGGAUGGCACCGUCCGGAUCCAUGCUAAACACCUUGGUGGGGAUGAGCUUAAUAGCGAUGUCCGAGAAUCCACCCGUACCAUCAGAAUUCCCGAGGGUGUGGACCAAAGUAAGGUCCAUUGUUACAUGAGUAACGAGAACCAUUACACGGUAGAGGGACCAUUUUUGCCUGAUGAGGAUGAGGAAAUGGAGGUCAAAUUGGAGAAUGUACCCGCCAUUACGGAUGGGAGUGAAGAGGACAUGCAGGUCGCAGAGCAGGGUCCGUACCAAGAAAAUCUGGAUCUAUCCGUGUUUGAUCCCAAUAGUAUAAACAUUACCCGUAAAAAGAACGUCGUCUGCAUUUCUGCUGAAGAGGCGAAGGAUGAAGAUGGCAUUAAAGUUCACAGGUCAUUCCGCAAGGCGUUCACUCUCCCCGAGGGUGUCGAUUACAAACAGGUCAAGGCCGCUCGAGGUAGAGAUGGGAAAAUCGCUAUUAUGGCACCUAAAAUGGAUAGUUAAUUAAAGAGGAACAUUAAAUAUCGUGAAAUUCAGAAAU